AAAAUAAACACACAGCUAGCUGCUAACGGCUAACAGGGCUCGCGAAGGUGCGAGCACACUGCGCCAAAACACGUUCAAAUUCUUCCAAGUUGUAAAGAACUGAAGUAUAUUUAGCAGUGCAUUGUUUGUGCAUCGUAAAUCAAAGAGGUUACAAAUUACCGAAGAUGUGGAAAAGUCUGACACUGGGAAAAGAAGAAUAUAACUAACGCCGCGCAGGUGAGCUCCUGUCCAGGCACAUUGGUCCAUGUUUGUUGGACCUUUGGGCUCUGGGCUUAACUAGCAUGAAGAUGGCUGAUUCAGAGAAGGCAGAGGAAUUUGUGGAUGCUGAGUGCCCCCUAGAGUGCCUUGAUGAAGCACAGUCAGCCACGGCUUCUGUUCAGGGAGAGCAGGAUGAGGUUCUGAAAACAGAGACCACCACCAGCACCAGCUCACCACCGAGGGAAAAGGAGGCAGACAGCCCCUUCCAUACAGAGGGCGAGCAGAGUCUCCUCUCCAUGCCAUGCCUGAUGAAGGAGCUCCGCCGAGACUCCCCAGAGUCCCAGCAUGCCUCUACUGGGAGUGACAAGCCUGUAUCUCAUCAUAUCUAUGAGAGUGACUCCUCAAACCCCUGCAUGCUCUCCCCCUCAUCCAGUGGCCACCUUGCCGACUCAGACACACUCUCCUCAGGGGAAGAAGGUGCUGCUCCUCCCGCAGGAGAAGAGGGCAACAUGGAAGCUUCAAAUGAUCCUGGCCAGGCAGCGGGAAGGCAAACAUCUGCCUCAGCUACAGGGGGGAGGAAGUCUCGGCGGUCACGUUCGGAAAGCGAGAUGCCUCCUAAUGCGAUGGUUGCAAAGAAAAACCGCUGCCAGCCCAUCAUGGUAGCAGCCGGAGGGCAGGAAAAACAAACCAAUGGCAAGCUGGCAAAAGUGAAAGGUCACCGGAGCCAGAAACAUAAGGAGCGAAUGCGUUUGCUGAGGCAAAAACGAGAAGCAGCAGCACGGAAGAAGUAUAACCUGCUGCAGGACAGCAGUACAAGUGACAGCGAGCUCACAUGUGACUCCAGCACCAGCUCUUCUGAGGACGAGGAUGAUGACACUUCAGGAGGUAGCAAGACAAUCAAGACAGAUAUUUCAGACGGGCUUCCAGUAGUGGGUCACUAUGAUAUUUCAGACACUGAUUCUAACCAGGAGAGUAUGAGUGUGGAGACAGUCCGGCCCACGGUGAUAAAGCAUGAGCUAAAAACACACAGAGGCCAGGAUAUGGCAGCUCACUCUGGGUGUAUAAGAGCUCUGAGCUCUAUCGCAGGCCACGUGGAGGCAGAGCUGUCGCACAAGGGAAGUUCUCAACACAACAAGGGCCAGAUUAACAUUGCUUCUUCCGACAGUGAGGUGGAAAUAGUUGGAGUGCAAGAGAAAGCACGAUGCGCCCACCCAUGCGGAGGAGUGAUAAAGAGUCUGUCCUCCUGGAAGGAAAACUCAGUGGAGCAGUUGAACAGCACAAAUCAACCACAGCUCUGGACUACUGUUUCCCCUCAGUCCAACUGGGUGUCCCCUCCUGAAGUGGUGGACCUCACACUCGACGAGGACGCCGGACACAAAUACCUACUUUAAACAACUUCUACACUGAAGACUCAUUAUUUCUUCCUCUCACUCCUCAUCAUCCCUCUUGCCUUGCCUCCAUGUUAUGGCUGAAAUCCUUCCUAUAGUUGCGGCCUCACCUGUAACCGCUCAUGGACUCUUCCUGCUCUAGAGCACUGUUUGUUUUUAACUUACUGUUAAACAAUCAUAUGUAUCAAAGCCAUUCUACUGACGUGAUUUCCUGAUCUUGGCUUGUCAGCUCUGAAUUUAGGUGUAAUAAAAUGCACAGCACACCAAGUGCAGGUGGAAAUUUAAGAGUGAUUUAUCUGUUAAUGAUAGCAAUAUCCUAUCUUCAUUUAAUACCUCAGUUACCCCUAUGAUAAUGGAUGUAGGUAGUCAUUUUGUGUUGUAUGCUUGCAAGCUGUAUAGGGAAAACUUCAAGUUGAUGCUUGAGAGCAGGUCAGUAUCACAACAUGGCUGUUGAUCUGCUUCACUACAGACUCUGAACGGCAUAUUUUCAGACUUGAUUUCAGAUUUGAUUUGGCAUUUUUAUCUGCAGUCACCUGCAGUCAAGACAAAAACGGCAGCUGGUACACUUUUUGUUGUAUGGUUAGACCAUAGAUUGAUGGCAAAGUUUGCUUUGGACCUGUCUAGGUCAAUUUUGUUUUCAAAAGUCUCACCACUGGUUUCACAUUUAUUCAGUCUGCAUUGAUAGCUUUGCUUUACUAUACUGUCCAGCAUAGGUACAGCCUAUGCUCUGGUGCUGUCGGGGAGAGUUUGGGGUUAUUUUAAAGGAAUAGUUCGACAUUUUGGGAAAUACACUUAUUUGCUUUCUUGCAGAGAGUUAGACGAGAUGUGGCGAACUAUUUCUUGGCUUUGCACUGUAACUUCCCUGAGUCUCCACUGGUUGCCUGGCAACUGCUCAGAGCCAAGAAAUAGUUGGACAGAGCGAGGCUAGCUGUUUUCCAGUCUCCAGUCUUUGUGCAAAGCUAAGCUAACCUGCUGCUAGCUGUAGCUUCAUAUUUAAUGGAUAGACAUGAGAGUGGUAUGGAUCUUCUCAUCUAGCGUUAACUCUUCCCCAACAAGUGGAUAAGCGUAUUUCUCAAAAUGUCUUGAUUUAAAUUCACAGCUUUUGUUUCUGUUACUACCAUAUAAGUUUAUCCUUUUUUAUGAAAACAAACAGAAAUCUGCUGGUUAAAUUAAGGGAAAAUACAAACGCACUAGUUACAAGCACACUACAAAAUACAACUAAUUUCCACCACAGCACUACUAUAUGUGGUGGUGUAUUGGCAAUGGAAAUGUAUGUAUCUUUUGUUUUGAGACAUAUUUUAUGUUGGAAGCCACAGAGUCUGCGAGUGUCCCAGGUGACAUAGUUAUCAGUGAAUGUAUGACCCUGCAGUGUUGACUGGGUGUACUUACUGUUUGCAUUCUUAUCCUGAGUGGAUGCAAACACCUUUAAAACUCUGGGGACCCCUUUAUAACAACUGAGGAAAUGUAUUUUCCACUGAAUACUGCAAAGCAAGAUGGCCUGAAUGCCUUGAAAUGUGCACUAUUUUCUUUUAAGAUCGUAUAAAGCUUAUUCUUUUACCUUACAAAGCAGUGGAUUUUGCUAUCUCAACAAUAAAUAUUUUAAUAAUAGAUGUGAAUUUAGCACAUAAAAAGAGUAAAAGUGGUGUUGAGUUUGUGCCCACGUGGGGCGUUUAUAGAAGAGACGUUUACUGUAUGAACUGUUUUUAACCCUGAUCCUCAGGGCCUGCUUUCUCUCUUUCCCUGUGGUCUUAUUUUUGUCUUCAUGCAGUACUGCAGCCCUGGUGAGACUGCAGCCAUGCUGGUAAAUUUUUAUCAAUGAUCCAACUUCACACACUGUUUUAACAUUUAGUUUGUUUUAUUGCAUUUUGAAUAACACCUACUUUAUAAAGUGAUGCUUGCAUAUUGUAGAAUCAAAUUAUUUUACUUCUGCUGGUCACAGAAGGGAAGGGAAAAUCCUAAAUAUAAGGAACCAAACCAAAGUCUAAAUGGAUUUUUUGUUUUCUUUCCAGAUUUGAAUUUUACUUCCAGUUUAUUCUUUUAAAUUUGCUCUGUAAGUCUAAAUCUUUUCAUUUGGAAGUGUAUUUGUUGUGAAAUGAGGUGACAUGAAUUCAGUUUCGAACUCAAGAUACAGUUUAGUAUAAUGUGAUAUUUUUGUUUUCCUUUGGCCAGUUCUUACCACUAUAUGCAGCUACCACUGUAAUGACAAUUCUUUUACCAGACCACUUCUGCUUGCAAAGUCCAUUUUGCUAUUGUUCCUUAGGAUUAUUAUGAAAUGUUAGUAAGACUCAUGUCUUUAGUGAUAGAGGUUUGGUAGAAAAUUAGGGCAGUGAUGCUCUAUGGUUGCACAUAGCAUGUUUGGUCACAUCUUUAACCUCAUGUCAGAUAUUAUCCUCAUUACCAGUAAUUUAGCUUUGCUCUUCUGUUAUUUUUGUUUUAAUUUACUGUCAGUAUUUUAAAUUAACAAAAAAUGUGUUUAUUUUGUUGCUUCUGCAAGUCCUUGACCUCCUUGAAAUUAUGUCUGUAGAACAAAAAGAAACUAUUUUAAAACUAAAUAAAUAGAGCGUUAUUUAAUGA